GUGACCAUAAAAUAGGCCUUGCGUGAAAACAACACACGUUAUUAAAAAUUGGUGUUGAUAGAAGUAAAACGUCAAAAGUUAUGUAAUAGUCUUAAUAUUACAUUUUAAUUUGUAUAUUUUCUGAAAUCACUAGCAAUAAACAAGUAAAUCGUGGGUAGUGACAUUUAAUUUUUAUAUUGUUAGUUUGUAAUCUACAUGAUCUACUCAUGGGCAAUACUGUUUAAAAGUAUAAUAUUAAAAAGUAAAAUUUAUUAAAAUACUACACAGUCUCAAAAAUAGUAGUUUAGUACUACUACAAAGUUAAGUGUUAGCAUUAUAUUUACAAAUUACAACGUUGGAUCUACUGUUCGUUAGUGUUAGUAACACUGACAGUUUGAGUUAGAUGAUAAAAGUAGACAACGUCAACGAUGCAUUCCAAGGAUUUCAUUGUGUUCAAGCACCAGGAAUGGUAAUGGAGUUUUUUGAUGUACUAGAAAAAAACAAAAGUUAUGUUUGUGACAUCUGUCAUAAAGCUUUUACGGAAAAAGCAAAACUGAAGAGACACCAGAGUAUUCAUCAGGAUGUACGAAAGAUGUAUCCGUGUGAUGUAUGCUCAAAGUCAUUUACUUGGAAAGAUAAUCUGGAAAGACACAAGAGACGUUUCCAUAGAAAACACUUUCAGCUCUCAAGUUACUCACCUUGGAUGAAAGAGAGUCGGGUAUACUUGAAAGAAGCUGGUUUUGGUUUGUCUAAAGACUCUGGUCAGAAAGAAUUGGACAGUGUUUUAUCAAAAAAUUCUUGGAUCAACUGGCAGAAGACAAGUAUUUCUAUUGAAGAUCAUAAUAUCCCUUCAGUUAUAGCAGACCUAAAGACAAUAAAACAUCACCAAGUUACCAUUCCUCAAACUGAAAAGAAGCGCUAUCCUCAGAGAGAGUGUCGUGUGUGUCGGUCUCAUGGAAAACGAAGAGACACUCGCUUCAUGUGCCAAGAGUGUGAGAAAUACUUUGAAGAUGAACAUUUAUUGAAGGAUGCAUGGGGUGAAUGGCAGAAAGAGGUUCUUAUCGUAGGACAUUCAAAUUAUGUAUCUUCUGUGACUAAUGCUGAGAAGGUAGGACAUCAGAAGAUCCAUGUUCCUCAGACAGAAAAGAAACGCUAUCCCCAGAGAAAAUGUAGAGUGUGUUCAUUUCGUGGAAAAAGAAGAGACACUCGUGUAAUGUGUAAAACUUGUGAUGUUGGUCUUUGUGAUGGGGAAUGUUUUGAAUACUAUCACACAUGGCAUCAAAGUAAAGAUGUCCAGCAAACAAGCUACACGUUCCAAGCCAGUCAAGACGUGUUAGAUUCUUGGAAGAGUACAACUCCACAUUGGGAAGACAUCAGUGAAAACAAGAAGGGAGAGAAUGGUGCUUUAUCUGAUCAUCUUCCCGUGUCUAUUCCUCCAACCAUGAAGAAGUUGUAUCCAACACGGAGAUGCCAUUUUCAAAGUAAUUUGAGGAUUUUUCUAGUCUUACUCCUUGUAAAAAAAAAAAAGGUAUAUAUUUGCAUUAAUUUAUAUGACAUACUGAAUAAGCGAAUGUAUUAUGAUUUCAAGAUGUUGUGUAAUAGCCUGGAAUUUAGAAUAAUAAAGGUUUUAAAUAUAGUACAUUUCAAAUUUGACAUUGUAUACUUUCAGCAUGAUAUUGUAAGUGUUCUUAAUGAAAUUCGUAAACUGUUUUAUUUUUUUCCAGGCUUUCUGCUACAACAAGGUUUUGGUUCACUUGACAUACCACGCUACUUGCGCCCUCAGUUAUCGUCUAGUAACGUUACGUGCAAAGUUUGUCACAAGAACUUCCACAACCAAAGCAACCUUAGGAGACACAUGCGAAAACACUCGCCAUACCAGAUGGUCUUUCAGUGUGAUGUGUGUUUACGAACAUACACGAGAAAAGACACACUCAAAGCUCAUAGAAAGCUUGUCCAUGGUAAUGUUCAAGAUUCUAUAGACGAUUCAAUAAUGACAGUAGAACAUGAACGAGAGUCUGAAUGAAGGAGAAACAUUUAUGAAUUCUGUAAUAGGAUCAGUGUCAGUAUGGCUUAAAAUCAGGUUUAACAAUCUAUCAAGAAAGUUUGAAUAUUCGGUUCUGUUGCAAAUGCUGAUUUUAAGAAACGUGUUUUGUAAAACAUAGUGAGGAACUGAUUCCAUUGUUUGUUUCAGGAUUUUCUGCAUGGGUUGAUUUUAAGGACCUUAUAGACACAUUCUCCUCCUUAAAAAAAUGUACACAAGUUUGUUUCAAAUAACAACAUAUUCACUCAUGUGAAUCAAAGAUUUUUUUUUGGCUCUGCAAUCAAACUGUUAUAAAAAAUAACAAUUCUGAUCAUGAACAGGUUUACUGGAAACACUUUGGUUAACUCUAGAUGUGUUGUUAGAAGUCUUUUCUACAUAAUCAUUCAAAACUUAAAAUUAUCUUAAUAACCACCAAACUGUUUUUAGCAAGUUACCCUAUCCUUCAUAUGUGUAGGUAUUGUUUAAAAAUACGCAAUAUAUAUAUAUAUAUUUUUAUACAAAAGUUGGAGAAAUUGUGAUAUUAUAGUGCAUGUUUGGUAAACUUAAAACAAGUUGUAAGAAUAAAUGUACUGAUUUAAGUAUUUUUUUUGUUUAUUUAGAAAUUUAAUGUUUAAAAUUGUUCUUUCCAUUGUGAUUCAAGAAUGAUUAUUAUUUGUAAAAAAUAUGUUCUUUAGUAUUACUUAAUUUUGAUGUAAUGAAACUAUCCACUAGUAAAUUUAUGCUCAUAGAAUAACAAUGCUGUGACAGUGUUUACCAGAUUUAAGGUAAUAAAUGGCUACAGAAUAUUUAAAAAAUACAAAUAUUUUUAUAAACCUACUUUGAAAUCUUUUGGAAAAACUGAGAGUUGGAUAAGCACUAUACAGACCAGUAACAUUAUUGUGAUUAGGCCUAGCUAAUGGUUUUUAUCAGUAUGUAAAUAAUAAAUAAACUUCCAUCUUCUCCUUAAGUAUACAAAAGUAACACCUUGUAUUUGUAUAGUUAUGGAAAUUAUAGACAAAUUAAACUUAAUUUCACAUAAUGAGAAUAAAGACAUUAUAAUACUUUAAGGCACACCCAACAGACUGAAAAUGUGAAUGUUAAUAUUUUUAAUUACUCUUCCAUUACAGUAUUGAAAACUUUAAUUAUUAACUGGACAACUUAAACAUUUUCCUGCAAAUCAGUUUAGUCAUGAUAUAUAUAUAUAUACAUACUGAUUUUUAUUUUCAGUAAAUUUUUCUCCUACAAAAAGAGGAUUUGUUAAACAGCAAGCUGAAAUACUUGACUAAGUUUGUUAACAAUUUGCGAUAUUAGGCCUAGAUUAGCCUACAAAGGUGACAAGAUAUAAAAAAGUACUUCUGGUGUAUGACAAUGAGUCAAGUAAAUCUGUUCUUAUGCCUUAAAUUAUAUUUAUGAAUAACUAUUACUUCAACAAAUGGGGCUCGUAUACAUUCUUGAAAUCCUGGAAAAUUAGCUUUAAAAAUAUCAGUACCGAAGAAAUAUCCUAAAAUUCAUUCAGUUUAAAUAAAACAAUCCCACAAAAAAGAAUUAACCAAACUUUGUUAAUUCUUUUUAUCUAUUUAUCAAAAAAUGUUUAUAUUUCAUGUUAGCCACUGUAAAUCUUGUGCCUUGUGAGACCCGAGACUGUUGAAGUUACCAUACGCAGGCAUGAUGAAUAGAAAUGCCAGGAACAUUCGUUCAAUUCUGCCUAAGAGUCAAGGAAUUUUAUUUCAUGGAACCCUGAAUAAAUACAUGAAACAUCAAAUUUUCCCUUGAUUGUGAAUAGAUGAAGUAUUCAACUAGUAGCCAAGUAGAAAUUUCUUAAACAAUUCCCAUUUUUUUUAUAGAAGCCCCA